AUGAGUCACUCAAGUGGUAUCCCAGCAUCACAAGAAUUAAUUUCAGCUUUUGGUUCAGCCAAUACUGGAGAUGUUCGUUUAAUUAAAGUUGUCAUUAAAAAUGAUGAAUUGGUUGUUGAUCAAAAAUUAAAUGUUCAAUCAGAUUUUGAAACAGAUUUAGAAUUAGCACAUUCUGUUCUUCAAAAGGAUUCACCAUGUUAUAUCCUUUACAAAAAAGAUGAUAAGAGUAUUGAAUUAACAGGUUACAAUUGGAUCUUUAUGUUUUUCGUUCCAGAUAAUGCUAAAGUUAGAGAGAAAAUGACAUACGCUGCAACUAGAGGUAACUUAAAAAGAGAACUUGGUGCAUCUCAUUUCGUUGAUGAAAUUUAUUCUUCAAAUAUGAAUGAUUUCUCAAAAAAAGGAUAUCAACAACAUAAACUUCAUCAAGAAUCAGAAGCACCAUUAACAAUGGAAGAACAACAAAGAAAUGAUGAAAAAGAACAAGGUUUAUUCGUUGGUGGUGGUGGUAGUGGUAUGCAUGUUCAUGGUAUUUCAUUCCCAGUUGAUUCUGAUGCAUCCACUGCUGUUUCAAAUUUCAUAAAUAAAAAAUUCAAUUACAUUGAAUUAUCAGUCAAUGUUGAUGAUGAAAAAAUCAUUUUCUCUUCAUCUUCAAAUAUUGAUAUUGAAGCAAUCUCUUCAAAAAUUUCAUCAACUGAACCAAGUUUCCACUUUUUCAGAUAUUCUCAUCAACAUGAAGGUGAAAAUUUAGAUUCAAUUAUUUACAUUUAUUCAUGCCCAGAUGGUUCAAAUGGUACCAAGAGUGCACCAGUUCGUAAGAGAAUGUUAUUCUCAAGUAGCAAAGCAAAUGUUGAACAACUUGUUACUAGUCAUAAUGUAAAGAUUGACUUAAAACUUGAAAUUAACUCACCAAGUGAAAUCUCUGAAGAAUCAAUUAUCAACGAACUUCACCCACCAAAGGUUGAAGAGAAAAAAGCUUUCUCCAAACCAUCUCGUCCAGGUCGUAAAUAA